AUGCACGUUAAAUCGUUUGCUCUCCUGGCCGGUUUCAGUCUCUUGACGGUUGGGGCUCGGUCCAUCAAUGGGGUCGAAAUCGAAGAACGAGCGCCAGCCGCAGUGUGUACAAAGAAGUUUUCAGGCACCCUGUCGACCAUGGAGAUGGUGAUUGGAGAAGGUCCAGCACUUGGUAAAUGGCAGAACCUUACAAUCAAUUCAAAUAACGAAAUCGCAUUCAAAAAUAACACAAAUAAACGUGGGGUCCAAGCCGAAUUUCAGGCAUGCAGGCCCAACUACGGAGGCUUCCCCAAUGACGGAGCGAAUAACAUUUGGGCGGGGCGCAUCUAUCUUCCGGAGCUGAAAAAAUGCCUGGCAGUCAAGAAUCCAAAUGCCGCGGAUCAAAGGCAUUACGUCGAAGUCCGCACUUGUCCAAAGCCAUCAGGAAGGAUUCACAAGCGUACAAUUUCGUCGCUUCCAAGUACUCACAAAUCUACCUCGAAUGGAGUGGAAUCACAAACGCCGCCCGGACUCGGACUCAAGGAGGUUCAUCCUGCGAAAUAG